GCAUAUACUAGUUAAACAAAAAAUAAUAAUUUCACAUUACCAGGUAUCAGAUUGAAACUUUGUUUUAGAGAGUUGCUGUUUUAGAAGUACGGAACCCAUUUCACUUCAUUCUUAUUUGAUAAUAUUUGUAAUUCUUCACAUUAUUGCCCACUUCAUUUCCAUUACUAUCUACUUCACAUUAUUACCUACGUGAAGUGGAAUUUAUCAUUGUUUGUUUAAAAUGCAUCGAUGUAUAAAUGUCUUAUGAUUGUCAGCAAGUCAGUCAGUCUAGUUACACGAUUCGACGAGUGUCAUCAUAAUGAGUUUCACAAAUAAAGUCGUAAUAGUUACAGGUGCAAGUUCAGGCAUAGGAGAAGGUACAGCACUAUUGUUCGCUAAAGAAGGUGCCAAUCUAGUUAUAAUUGGAAGAAAUGAUGUUAAACUGACAGUAGUAGCGGCACGAUGCGAAGAAUAUGGUAAGAAACCGUUAAAGAUUAUUGCAGAUGUUAGCAAGGAAGAUCAGGCAGUCUCUAUCAUUGAUCAGACUAUUAAUAAAUUUGGGAAAAUUGAUGUGUUAAUUAACAACGCUGGUAUUCUACGCUUGGGAAAGAUAAUAGAUGGAACAAUUAUGAGUAUUUAUGAUGAUCUUAUGAAUACAAACCUUAGAUCCGUAAUACAUCUUACUACAAUAGCAACACCGUAUCUUAUAAAGAGUAAAGGGAAUAUAAUCAACAUAUCCAGCGCAGGAGGUGUUAAAGCGACAAGAAACCCUCUGUUUUUAGCUUACGCAAUGACUAAAAAUUCUCUUAAUAUAUUUGGUCAAGGCGUCGCAAUAGAAUUAGCGCCAUAUGGAGUCAGAGUCAAUACCAUCAGUCCAGGACCCGUCUACUCCGAUGUUUGGAAAAAUUCCAAUAUAUCGCAAUCAGAAGCUAUGAAAGAUUAUGAAUAUAAAACGGCGCUUAAUAGAAUAUCAAAACCAGAGGAAAUCGCAAACUUGGCAUUAUAUCUGGCGGGUGACAAUGCCAUUGGCAUAACUGGAUCGAAUUAUUUAAUUGAUAAUGGAUUUACUUUAAUGAAUUAAAAUUUAUUGUAAGCACGUAUUUGCUUUUG